CGGUGUACAGGAUAAAUUGGUAUCUCGCAUUGAAGUGCCUUGCGCGUUUAGUUUUAGAAUUACAAGACAGUAGAAAACGGAUAAAGACUCUGCAGACUACGGAAAGAACACUGUUCAAUUCAAUCUAUUGACAGGUGCAGCAAGAUGGGGAAACACAACAGCAAGCUGAACCCAGAGGUGCUAGAAGACUUGACCAAGAACACAGAGUUCAAUGAAGUUGAGCUCAAACAGUGGUACAAAGGCUUUCUGAAGGACUGCCCCACUGGGAUCCUCAACUUGGAGGAAUUCCAACAGCUCUAUGUCAAGUUCUUUCCAUACGGUGAUGCCUCUAAGUUUGCCCAGCAUGCCUUCCGGACCUUUGACAAGAACGGGGAUGGCACCAUUGAUUUUCGGGAAUUCAUUUGCGCCCUGUCCAUCACCUCACGGGGAAGUUUUGAGCAGAAACUCAAUUGGGCUUUCAACAUGUAUGACUUGGAUGGAGAUGGAAAGAUCACACGCAUGGAGAUGCUAGAGAUCAUUGAGGCAAUAUACAAGAUGGUCGGUACAGUGAUCAUGAUGCGGAUGAAUGAGGAUGGACUAACUCCACAACAACGUGUGGACAAGAUCUUUAGCAAGAUGGACAAAGACCACAAUGAUGAGAUCACCCUAGAGGAGUUUAAAGAGGCUGCCAAGAGUGACCCAUCUAUUGUACUCCUAUUGCAGUGUGACAUGCAAAAGUAAGAAGGGAGAGAGGGGACAGAGAGGAGAAAGAUGGAGAAAGGGAAUCGGGAUAGAGAGUGAGACUGCGACUGAGAGUGAGACGUGGAGUGGAGGAGUGAUGUAGAUUGUGUGGAGAGACAUUGUACAGAGAAGUGAACAUAGGGAGAAAUAAUAAAAAAAAACUGCUACAAAAAGUGAGGCGAGGCAAUGAGUGAGCAAAAAAGAGGAAGAGUUAAGGAGAAAAGGUGGAAAAUAUGACAAUGUGUGUGUGUGUGUGUGUGUAUGUAUGUAUGUAUACCUAUGUUGCUUUUUGAUGUAAUGCCCUCUCACCCUCUAUUAGCUGAUUAAUAUAUAUAUAUAUAUAUAUAUAUUUGAUUAGACAGUACACUGGUCAUGUUCCCCCUGCUUCUCUCCCAACUGUAAGAACACCAACUUAAGGCCAUUGUAUCAUGAGUCCGUAUUGUUCGUCCGAAAAUGUUGCACUGUUGAAAAAAAAUCUCAUGUUGUCACAUUUGAACACUAACUCUGAAACUUUCGUCAGUCAUCCAAGUUUUCAGAACAAGUUUGAUUGUCUGCCUUUUUCACAUCCAUUUAGUCUACGUGAAUGAGGUUACUGCAGCAUUCUGUUUUUGAUGAAAUGACAGAUUUUAAAGUGCAAAAUCUGUCAUUCCAUUUGGAGACAUUUGAAAUGUAAAUUCAGGGAAUGUGACUGGCCAUCUUCUCAUCGCAGCCAUGAGUUAUUGUUUCCUGGAAACGCUAUCUCAGCACCCUGACUGAGCAGUUGCAGAGAGGACAAUAUUCAUGGAUUCUUAUAAAGACAUGUCUACCAUUUCCCAUGAAUCUGCAAACCCCUUUCACUCUUCUGGAGAAGGCACUACCGAAAAUACUGGUGCAAACUAAAUUUACUAAUUACUUUUCUAAUGAAUACUUAAUACUCAACAUAAAAUACGAAUACGAAUACUCAACAUUAAACUUCAGAUAACAGCCAGAUACAAAUAUAAAUACUCAACAUAAAACCUCAGAUAACAGCCAGAUACAAAUUUCCGUUCAGUAAGAUAAAUGGAAUUCUCUAAUAACAGCGAAGUUAAAAAUCUAUUUUCACAACAAUAUUAGGACAGCUGGCUGUGUAAUUAUGUUUACUCUGAAAUCAAGCCGUAUGAUGACAUUGAGUUAUGUCCACACACUUGCCUUAAAAUCUUAAAAUGUAAGUAUACGCUAUUUCAACACCCACACAUUAUUAUUAUUAUUAUUUUAAUUAUUAUUGUGAAUAUGAAUAGUAUUAUUAUGUAAAUAACAAUGUAGGUGGUAGUUGUGACUGACAGCUUGCACAGCAAAGAAACUGGUCUGUAAUGACACAAUUAUGGUUAUACCAACUGCACUUUUUUCACCAGACUUAGGUGGUACUAUGAUCAACUAUAAAAUUGGGGACCAAAAUAUCAUAAGGUUAAAAACUUCCCAUAAGGUUAGAAGCCCCCCAAGUGUGUAGGAUAAUCUAUAGCGGCACCAAUUUACAAACCCACUCCAGCAAAGCAUACACCAGUUGCAGCCACAACAAUUAUUAGUUUCUAUGAAUCACAUUUCUGUAGCUACAGUACUGUACAGUGUUUUUUUUAAUAGCCUUGGUUCUGCCAUGAACAUCCAGGUAAAAGCUAAAUAGGCAUUUCUAAGGUGAAGCUGUGUCUAUUCAACUUCAGUGAUGGAUAGUCAUUGCUGUUGUUUUCAAUAGGGAGUGUGCUUAGCAUUCAUGCUAGUCAUAUCCACUUGACAAUUCAAGUUGGAGAAGGAGAUAAGUUAUACUGUAUAAGCCCUAACCUGAGCUGAUGUUAGCUUUCAUGGACCUAGCCUAUUCUCAAUCUACUUCAAAUGAACUACCUGGGAAACACUACAAGCUACAAAGCUUAAAUGUGUCACAAACAUUGUUGUUCACUAUGGGCCUUAAUUUAAAUACAGGGCAGAGUCAAAGUCAAGCACUUUGUCUCGUCCAUGACCUAAAACUGUCCCACCCAUGUUUAUGCCUUGGGUCUUGCUCAUGGUAUUAAAUCAGCAAAUAUAUUUUGCCUAGAUAUUAAAUUAGUUCUGAAACUUUGGACUUUAAACAAUAAAUUAUUCUAAUGUAUCAUUAUGUACCAGCAUAGUUAUGCUAUAACCAUGGCAUUUCUUGUGACCUAUUUAUCCCUAGAUAAUGUCAUCUAGAGAGAUGACGGAGAAAUCGUAUGAAGAAAGUUUAAUGUAUAGUAUGUUUCAUUCACACAAUCGGAAAACAAAAUGAAAACAGACUACAAUUACAGUGUUUUCACACAUAGUCCUUCUUAAAAGAACUAAACUCGGUCCUCAAAGGGUGCCCCUUUCAGCCCUCGAAACAAUCUCAGAUUGAUGACUCUCUUGCAUAUCUGAACUCUCCAAACAUACUCAGACCCCUUUUAAAUGAACCAAACUGACACCACCUCAGGAGGUAGUCUCAGCACGGUUUGCUUGAAGGUUUGUUGUGUGGCUCACUUAACCUAUGCAUUGUGAACAUAAAGCGCACCAUGGUUGUUUCACCUUGA